AUGAAGUCGCUUGUUCUGUUCGUUUUCAAUGCCCUGGCAGCCGUGGCUGGCGCAGCAUGUAUCUCCAGCCAGAGCCUUUCAGUCACAGCUAGCACCGGUAUAUUCACCGGUCUCCUCAACCCUACUUACCCAAGUGUUCGCGAAUUUCGAAAUGUUCCGUAUGCUCUUUCUCCAACAGGUGAACGUCGUUGGCUGCCUCCUCAGAAGCUCCCGGCAUCAAACAAGAAUUAUGAUGCCACUCAGUACCCUCUUUCCUGCCCACAAUUUGUGACCAAGGUGAAGUCCGUCUGGAGCGAACAGAUUCCGGAAUGGUUGAUCUUUGACGGCGGCGAAAGCACCAGUGCGGGUCUGUAUGCGUACGGCACCUCUGAAGAUUGCCUUAGCCUCGCCAUUUGGACGCCGGCAAACGCCACCGCGGCUUCGAAGCUGCCGGUGAUUAUGUUCAUGACAGGAGGUGGCAUGGUAACGGGCGGCGUCAACAUACCGAUCCAAAUACCAGCUGAAUGGGUAGCUCGAAGCCAGAGCCACAUUGUGGUAACGAUCAACUACCGGGUCAACAUCAUGGGCUUUCCCAACGCGGCAGGAUUGGCCACGCAGAACUUGGGGCUUCGAGAUCAAAGAGCAGCCCUUGAAUGGAUCCAGACCAAUAUUGCCAGCUUUGGCGGCGACCCGACUGCCACAACGCUAUGGGGCCAGUCAGCUGGUUCUCGUUCGACAGACUAUUACAACUUUGCUUACUAUAAGGAUCCCAUAGCACGCGGCUUUUUCAUGCAGUCCGGAACAGCACUAUCAAGCACUGCCAACUCAGAUGUCCAUGGCACCAACUUCACGUUUGUAGCGCGAAAUCUCGGUUGUGAUUUUCCAAACAACAAGACUGCUGAGUUGGAAUGUAUGCGGAGAGUCCCUGUCAGCCAGAUCGAGAACUUCGUCGGUCAGUAUCAAGACAAUUCGAGCACAACAAACACUCAUCAGGCCCCGAUUGCUUUCACGCCAAUUGCGGACGAGGACGUCGUCUUUAGCAAUUAUACGGCGCGAUAUCGAGCCGGUCAGGUUGCAAGAGUGCCAGCGAUCAUUUCCAACACCGCCAAUGAAUAUGCAUCCCUGGCUCCGUAUCCAUUGAAUAACCUCACCGCAGGUCCAAACCCGCAAGCAGUGCUGGCAGGGACCCUCAACACCGUAUGUGGCAUUUCUAAUUCGAGUCUAUAUCGGAACGACUUGAACAUCUCCACGUUUCGGUAUGUCUAUGGCGGCAACUUCUCCAACAUCAACCCGCUGUGGUGGAUGGGCGCGUAUCACGCAUCAGAUCUGGCAAUGAUGUUUGGAACUUAUGGCAUUAGGCCUGGGGCGGUGUCAAGGUUGGAAACCGAGACAAGUGCUGCCAUGCAAGACUAUGUCCUCGCAUUCGUCAAGGAUCCGACCAAUGGACCAAGGAGUGUCAACUGGACUGCAUAUGAUCACCGCAAUAAUGGUGGUCAGAUGAUCUUGUUUGGAGCUGAUGGAAAAGCUGUUCAACAAGUAAAUGGUACCAUGGUCGAGGGAGUGUGUUAUGGUGAGGGUAUGUACGAUAGCACGCCGUGA